AUGCCCAGCCACGCGAGAGGCCGUGGCCGCGGUGGCAGGGGUCGGGGCCGGGGAGGCUGCAGGAACUUCGGUGGGGACAGACCGCAGAGACCGAAGGAUGAGUGGGGUGUGGAGGCUGAAAGUCAGGGGUCAUCAGAUGACCCGACCUGUGACCUGAUGACCCUGUUUACCGGCACCCACAGUUUCCAGCAGCAUCACACUGCUCAGGAGAAGGACAGGAUCCGCUACGCUGCCGUCAUGGCCGUGCUGGAGAAGAAUGGAGUCGAGGUUCCGCAAGGGUCACGUAUCCGUGCGCUGGCAGCGGCAUGGGCGCGGCACGACCACACCCUAGCCAACACCUUCCUACAGGACUCCAGCAAAUUUGGCCUGGUGGAAAUUCUCAAGGCCCUAACUUUGCUGGACUCUGGCCGUAAGGUGCGUGAGUGUGAGAAGAAACUGAAGCGGCUGGAACUCCAACCGGGCAAGACCAAGAAGAAAGCCGUGGGGAAGGUCAAGUCCAACAGGGACAACUUCAACGCCAUCAAACCCCCCCUGGGAUCUAUGAGCGGUGCGUUGGCCCGACACAUCCGCCGCUGGGUGUCCAGACUGACCGCUGACCAGUUGGAGUUCUACGCCUUGUUUUUCCCCCCGGAGCCAUGGAAGCGCCUGGCUGACCUCUGCCACCUCAACCCUAAAAAGGACUUCAAGUUACCCUGGUUCCUGCCGUACUGUUUUGGUGGUGAGGCACCAGCUGGGAGCAUGGUAAGGAACUGUGGUCACCUGACUAAGGAGAAUGUUAACGAACUUGUGAUGACCUUUGACAUCCCGUACGCACACAUCAAGCCCCACAAAGACUGUCUGACUGAGGAAGCCAAGGCCAGGAUAGCACAGUACACUACGGACCUGGACACACUUCUCUGGAACUAUGAGGAUCUGGCCUGUCCUGCCACAGACAAGGUCAUCCAUGACCUGCUGACCUCUGGUUCAAAGGUCAACCUUCCCUAUGGGAAGCUGAUGGAGCGUCUUCUUACACUAAAGAUGAUGAGGAAGGAUUCCCCAAGAUACCAAGGAAACCAAGCAGCCGAGGACGGUGUUCAGGAGAAGGCCUCUUUCUUUGACCUGCUGAUUCCAAUGGCAGACAAAAGACUACAUGAAAUCAGUGUCGCUCUGGAGCCGCCCGUGGUUGUGAUUGGUGACGCAUCCUCGUCCAUGGGCGUGGCCAUCAGGACGUCCACCAUCAUCGCCAGCCUGCUGACCGCCCUAACCUCCGCUAAGCUGGUCUUCUUCAACGGUAGUAACUUUGAGCCCCACGUGUUACCUGAGACUAUUCCACAGGUGCUGGAUGUGGCUACUACUGUCCGAGCGAGCGGCUGUACGGCCCCUGCGGCCAGCCUGCAGCCGUUCUAUGACCGUAAGGAAGUUGUGAAGACCUUCAUCAUCGUGACUGAUGAGGAAGAGAACACUCCGUCCAGAGGGGGGUACAGGUUUGCACCACUGUUUAAGAAGUACAGCGAGGAAGUGUACCCAGCCAAGAUGGUCUUUGUGUCCUUCUUAAGGGGCCAGCAUGCAGAGGGACAAAUGGUCAACGAAUUGAAAAACCAGGGAUUGGACCCCCUUCAGUUCAAGUUGGACUCUUCCAGGCCAGACCUUACAAAACUGGACAAUCUGCUUGGAUUGCUGUCCAUGGAGUCCAAGUCCUUUGAUGAAGAGGUAACAGAGAUGGAGGAAGUACUGACACAGCAGGGACUGGAGGCCAUCCACAUACACAAGGAAGAUGUUUAGAAACAUGAAAUACAUGUAAACUCAUAAUCCACUAUCAUCAAUGUUUAAUGUUUGUGUGUGUGAUGAAAAAUCAAUCAUUAAAUGGUAAAACUUAUAAAUAGAUAAUAAAAGUGAUCAACAUAUUUAUGAAGGUUAAACAAUGAAUUAUUUCAAAGUGGUCAACACUUUACAGGUGAUUGUAAAAAUAUAGUAACAUUGUAGUUAUACUUCAUACAAAGAUUAGUAGUGAAUCAGGAUUUUACCAUGGUCACUAUUGACAUAUAUAGGCCAUAGAAUGUAUGUAAUUAAAAUACAAAAUUGUUUAUGAGGUUGUAUUAGGACAAAGCUACUGUUUUGAAAUAUAGGGCAAAUGUUGAAAUAAAGAUGAAAAACUGAGAAAAUAUGAAAUGUUUGUAGAAUGAGCAGACUUACAAUAUUUAUUUGAAGAUAGUAGGGAUUUUUCAAAGAAAAAAGGCUUUGAAAGAACAUUUAAAGGCUUGUAUAUACGGAA